GAAACACUCAGUAUUUCACCUUUGAGCAAGAUCCCAUGGUGGAGAAGGUGGACAUAACGACUAUAGCAUUGUCAUUCUAUUCAGGAUUAUUCGCCUACAACGGCUGGAACUACCUGAACUUUGUUAUUGAAGAACUGAAAGAUCCUCACAAGAAUCUGCCAAUUGCAAUCUUCACAAGCUGCAUCUUGGUUACCGUUGUCUACACGCUGACCAUCAUUGCGUUCCACUCAACCCUCAGCGUUUCUGAAGUUUUAUCUGCCGAAGCGGUGGCUGUGACAUUUGCCGAGAGAUUGUACGGUUGGAUGGCCUGGAUUGUGCCCGUCUUUGUCGCAUUGUCUACCUUCGGCGGUGUCAACGGCAUCCUCUUUACUUCGUCACGCCUGUUCUACGCUGGAGCCGAGCAGAAGCAAAUGCCGGAGAUUCUGGCGAUGAUUCAAGUGAACCACUUGACCCCCACUCCUGCCGUCAUCUUCAUGUGCGCCCUCUCACUCAUCUACCUGGCAUCUAAGGACAUCUAUGCGCUGAUCAACUACGUCGGCUUUGCCACCUGGCUGGCCAUUGGCCUGGGUGUCGCCUGUUUGCCCUACCUGCGCUGGAAGCGACCCGACCUGGCUCGACCAAUCAAGGUCAACCUCAUCUGGCCAACUAUCUACAUUGCCGCCUCUAUCUUCAUCACCAUUGUGCCAAUGUUGGCCGAUCCAAAGGGCACUGGAAUGGGAGUGCUCAUCAUUCUCACUGGAGUGCCCGUCUAUGUCGUCUUCAUUGGCUGGAAGAACAAGCCAAGAUUCCUUCAGAAUGCCAUUGACGGACUUACGCUGUUUCUGCAGAAAGUUAUGGUCGUCGUUCCAGCUGAAAAAACACAGUCGUUAUAG